CUCCAAGAUUCGGAACUCAGACAACACACACCAGCAGCGGCAGGAGUCCUGGAAGCAAGUAAGCAGCCAGCCAGCCACCAACCGACCAACGGACCAAGCGAUGCAAAAGUGAGAGUUGAGAAGGCGGCGAGUGAAUUUUGGUCGCCGUUGUUCUGUGCCUCGUCACUUGUGGUCUGCUCUCUCUUCCGUCACUUUCUCUCUCCCUCUCUCUCUGACACAACACAAGUCACUUGUUCCAUCAUCCACUUGUGCACCCAAUCUAUGUAACAACUCCCAACUUUACUGUUUUGGUUUGUAAAGUGUCAUCCUUCUGACAGUCUCCUGCUUUGUUGGGGACAAGUGCACUAUUAUCGCCAUUUGCUCCAGUUUGCUUCCCACUUUCCCCCGUCCCAAGUGGUCCACAAGGCAAUUCGCAGCCUUGACUAAGCGGAGCAGAGUGGUAGUGCCAGAAUAAAACCAUUUGAGGAAAACAGCAACAAAAGUGUUGGCAUCAACAAACACUUUGAUUUGUUCAGGCAGAAGGAAUCAACAUAACUUUCACCAAACAAGUCCAACACAAAAUCACACGACUCUGCUGAAUUGUCAUUGUACCAGAAAUCCCACGUACGUAUGUACAAAUAUUGUCUGGACCGUGUUACAAACGUUCUCUAAUGAGCAGUAAAUCUGUCUUACAUUUCCCACUUGCCAAUGUGGCAGAAAAGUACGUCGCAUGAGUGAAAGCAACAGACAAAUUAUUCGAAAGGGAGAACCAUCAUCAUCAACAGCGACAAGGACUGACAUGCCAAGUCAAGUAUAAACCCCAACUAACUAACUGACUAACAUACGGAAUAAGUAAUCGAUUGAAAUCAACAGCAUGGGGGAGAAACUUUUACUUUGUGCACUCCUGGCCAAUUGGGGUCUCAGUCUCCGGCUGGAAAACGUAUCCAUUCCACAAUACGGCAUAAAGGACGGAGGUGUCACUCUGGGCUGCUUCUUUGAUUUGGAGAAAGACACAUUUCUAGUCCUAAAAUGGUACAAGGAUGGGCACGAAUUUUUUCGCUACUCUGAACAAAGCACUCCAUUCAUCCUCACUUUCCCCAUUGACGGAGUCUUUGUAGAGAUUACGCAGUCAAACAUGAACCAAGUGGUGCUCAGAAACAUUUCACUUCGAUCCAGUGGCUCGUACAGGUGCGAAGUCAGCGCUGAUCUCCCCUCUUUCAGAACGCUUUCGCAGUCUGGAGAAUUAUUUGUUACUGCCCCCCCAAGAGAUUUGCCGCACAUAGAUUGCCAUCCUCCACUGAUUCAACAAGGAGACGUAUUAAAAUGUAAUUGCACGUCGUACGCUAGUAAACCAGCUGCUUCUCUCAUGUUCUAUUUAAACGAGGGAAAGGCAAAUUUUGGCGACAUGAUUGAAUAUUUACCGGCAUUGGAGCCUUAUGGACUCGAGACGUCCAUCCUGGGGCUAGAAUUUCAAGUUGAAGUUAUGCAUUUGAAAAAUGGGGCUUUGCGAAUAAAAUGUACAGCCACGAUUGGAAAUGGAUACUGGGUGUCGAAUGUAACACUGUACGAGGCGAGCGUGAACGUGAACGCACAGCCGUCCAGUCCAGCAGGACCAAAUAGAUUGUUAUCAGGUGUCCCCAGAGGGAACGGGUCUGGUGGAUUAUUAACCCUCGUCGUCACUUUUCUCCUCGCUCUUCUCACUCAUCUCCAUCCAUGAUCUAUUCCUUUCUCCCUCUGACUAUCCAUCUAUCAAUAUAUGUAUUGUAGAAAUGCGGGGUCGUAUAGUCCGCUUACACCCACUU